UUCCGAUGCUGCUAGGAUAAGAUAAACUUUAGCAACUUUAGACCAGAGAUUAAGUUUAUUUCAUUGUUGAAAGUUAAUUUUUUUUUACGUUUUCCAAGUAAGCGUACAACAUUCUGCUGGAAUUAUUAGUUUUCGUGUUGUUGUUGAGCUAUCAAUUGUAAAUGCCGCGAGUUGCUAAAGUGGCUAAGGGUAAUGCGGCGUCCGGUGCAGGUAAAGGUGCCGGCGGCGCUGUGAAGAAGAAAACUGGAUAUGUAAAGUCUGAGAAAAUUCCGCUUGGCGAAAUUCUAACUGAUAUGUCUGGUCAGAGCUGGAAGGUUGGCCCGUCAAUUGGUUCCGGGGGUUUUGGGGAUAUUUACUGUGCACACAAAGCUGGCAGCGGCGGGAAGCAAGACUAUGAUUGUGUUGUUAAAAUUGAGCCCCUUGGCAAUGGACCUUUGUACGUUGAAAGGAAUUUUUACAUACGAAAUGCAAAUCAGGAGAACAUAAAAUCAUUUUGUGAUAAGAACAAACUCAAAUCGCUUGGCAUGCCUCACAUAAUUGGCUCUGGAUCGCACACAAUAAAUGGCAAGAAACAUCGUGUCCUCGUCAUUCCCCGAUAUGGGAAGGACAUUUGGAGUUUCUUUUUGUCCAACGGCAAACGUCUCCCGCAACACACAAUCUACCGGAUCGCCAUUCAAAUGCUCGAUGUUUACGAGUAUAUCCAUUCCAACACUUAUGUCCACGCUGACUUGAAGGGUGCCAACAUUCUUCUGGAUUAUACAGGGAAUCACUCUGACCAGGCUUACUUGGUAGACUUUGGUCUAGCUUGCCACUAUACUACCUUAGACUAUAAGCCAGAUCGUCGAAAAAUGCACAACGGAACAAUUGAAUAUACAUCAAGGGACGCGCAUAACGGCGUAUCAACCAGACGCGGGGAUUUCGAGAUAUUGGGAUAUAAUUUGAUUCAUUGGUCAGGGGUGGAGUUGCCUUGGGAAACACAGAAAUUACUUGCACACCCACAGAAAGUUCAGAACGCCAAGGAAGAAUUUAUGGAGGAUGUUGGCGGAUCAUUGAAUAAAUUAUUUGAUAAAAAUCCUCCGAGUCCAGUCAAACAAUUUAUGGACUACGUUGAAUCGAUGGACUACAAACAAACUCCCGAUUAUGAGAAAUGCCGUAAAAUAUUCCAGAGCGGCUUAAAAUCUUUGAAUAAGACCAACUCGGGCCCUUUAGAAAUGACUCUAGACAAAUCCAUUCUGAAGCAGGAUACGUCGCUUAUUGUGGAAGAGAAAAGCGAAAACGAGAGUGAAAGCGAAUCCGAAACUUCUCGUAAGCCUUCUCCCGUCAAAUCGCGUUCAAGGUCAACUCCGUCCGUGCGAACUCGACGUGUGGGUGGGAAAUCACCGGUCACCGCGUCUCGCCGAAAGUCUAAGGCGAAUGCAUCGCCAAAGAGACUGCCUAGUCCGACAAAGACUAUGACAUCUCCCAACAACGUUUCUACCAGGAGCAGCACUUCAUUGCCUGCAGCCCGAAAAGGGAAGACAAUUGACAAUGGAACUCCCAACCCGAGGAGCAAUAAAACGUAUGAGCUCAAUUUUGAUUUGGAUGUUAAAAAGAAGAAGAAAGCCCCAUCAUCUAAGGCAUCUAAGACAGUCACCAGCAGGCGGAACCGGAACCGGAACGAAAGUGAUUCGGAUUCGGAAGUGUCGUCUAGUUCAGUAGACUUCCCGAUUCCGAAGUUGACUUUACGGCGAUUGCAGACGUCGGCUAAAAGUCCUGCUCGAAGGCCACGUGACACGUCUUGACGAGUUAAAUAGUGGCUUUACAUAACAAAAUCUUAUAUCUAUGCUAGACUGGUUAUUGUUCGCUAUCGUCCUGCAGGAUUUUUCCUUUGCCUCCAUGUUUUAGCACCUUUCUUAUCCUCUUAAAAUUUCUAAUCCCGUCUCUAUUCCAUGCUACACAAAAACUAACAUAUUUUUUAUAUUCAUAAUGUUUAUCACUUUCAUUUUCUCUCUUCAUCUCUUUAAAAUUUCCAUAAUAAAAACCUAUCAAAUAAAAUUCAACAAAACCCUAACCCAUUGUGCAAUUACAUAAUUUUCAAACAUCAAAAUGAUC